GCCAGAUCGCCAUGACGUCAUGCCUUACCGGUAUAUAAGGGAACUUCGACCCAUAACUAAAUGUGAAUGGAAACCAAGACCAAGGAUAGCAAACAGAAGACUAGAACAAGUGACACAUAUUCGCAGCAGAAUGGUAAAAGCCAAGGAAACAGUCAUUGAUGAAUUCAAUGACAUCGUGAACAUGACCCCAAAUGAACUUCGCGACUGGUUGAAAGAAGAACAGUCGCAGGAGUCAGGAUGGACAAACGAUGGCUCCGGCGAGACGGUCGGACAUGAAAGCGGCCGCAAGAUUGUGAACAUCCUCGAGCAUAAUCCCUCCAAGGACCCGGAUAUUUAUCGAGACCAGGAUAUUGAUCAUAUGCGCAAGGUCGUGUCGUACUGUAAGAGGCAUUUGGCGCAGGAAGAGAAGGCGAAGCAGGAUACUGAGAGCAAGAGUUACAAGUCGCUGAAGAACUGGGGUCAUGAUCCUUUGAAGGGAUAAAAUCCUUGUCUAACAAUUUGGGCUGUGGGCUUUUCAGGAAGUUUAUGUACGAUAUCAUGUCUUAUGUUCGUCUAUUGGGACAGUGGAUGUAUUUGUACUUUAGGAGCUGUUGGGUUUGAUCUGAAUGAGAAGAUAACUCAGGAGCAACUGACACAGUAUCCUGGAAGAUAC